UCUGACCAUCAGCCACGCCCCUCGGCUAGUCCUCCUCCUCUGGUCAGCCGGCUACAUUCCCUGCUACCUUUCACCCCCGAAGAAACUCUCAGCUAUAAGCGACGCAGUGCGGGCAGACCUCGGAACAAAAUGGCAUCAGGUGUAACAGUGGACGAUGAGGUCAUCAAGGUCUUCAAUGACAUGAAGGUGAGGAAGUCUUCUACCCAAGACGAAGUGAAGAAGAGGAAGAAGGCGGUGCUGUUCUGUCUGAGCGAUGACAGGAAGAAGAUCAUCGUGGAGGAGGGGAAACAGAUCCUGGUUGGAGACAUCGGGGAGACCGUGGAUGACCCCUACGGCACCUUUGUUAAGCUCCUCCCCCUCAGCGACUGCAGAUACGGCCUGUACGACGCCACCUACGAAACCAAGGAGUCCAAGAAAGAGGAUCUGGUCUUCAUCUUCUGGGCUCCUGAGAAUGCUCCUCUGAAGAGCAAGAUGAUCUACGCCAGCUCUAAAGAUGCCAUCAAAAAGAAGUUUACAGGUAUCAAACACGAGUGGCAGGUGAACGGGCUGGACGACAUCCAGGACCGCCAGACGCUGGCUGAGAAACUGGGCGGGAACGUGGUGGUGUCCCUGGAGGGUAAACCGCUGUGAUGUAAUGGCGGCCAAUCGAGCGGAGCCAAGCCAACCGCCGUGCCAUCAGGACCGAAGCAACCACCCCUUCCCUCCACCUGACCGCCGCUACUUCACCCAGCAGCUUGCUCUGUCUAUAUCCAUGUCCUGAAGGUGUUAGCGUCUUUAGGCCUCUUUCUUUUGUCUUUUUGUUUUAUUUUUUCCAACAUGAAGGAGAUCUCAUUAACGUGAUUAUAUGCAAACACCUUGCAGUUUGUUGCCAUGUGAUGCGUUCACCUGGCAGAAAUCGAAGAAGAAAAACACUACCAACCCCCCUCCCCUAGGAAGGGUGUCUCUCUCCCACACAGCCAGAGUUUUGCCAAAAAGUCCAUGAAGGAAGCAGCCACGUUUUGGGAGGAGAGCACCGCGAAGCACUUCCUCCUGCUGCACACGGGUCGCACUCAUCAUGCUUUUUACAUAUGAUUUAUUUAUUAUUGUACCCUGUUGGUUCCUCUCAGCUGUACCCAAGACAUGUUGUUAGACUAUGCAUCCGUUGUUAUUCAAACACUAAACAUCCUGACUUUAAAUUGUGUAUCGGUGUUUUCCCGAGACGAGCUUUGUUUACCUCAGUUGAUUUUCCUCCAGGUCAUCGCCUUACUUUCAGUUUGAAUGUAACUUCACAGCAGAGUUGGUGUACCGUACUUUUAUUUUGUAAAGAAAGCACUACAGGAAGCAGGUUUGACGCCCCCCAUAUCCCUUCAGCAGUGAGAGAUGACCCCCCCCCCCCUUCCCCCUAAAAAUACAAAAAACAUCUGGAGCCUUAAAGUGGAACGUUGUUUCUGAGAUCACAGGAAGCCACUUUGCAAUAAAAGCCUGUGGCAGACAA